AUGGAAAAGUUUUCAAGUUGGAGAGAUAAAGGAACUGGUAUUUCUCCAUUUAUGCCUCAAAAAUUACCAACAUUUCAAAAUAAUAUCAUUUUAUCAGUAGCAUCAAAAUCACCAAUAUUUUUAAUUAAAUUACCAUUUUUCAUUAUUACUUAUUUGAUUUAUACAAUUACUGGAUUAAAUUUUAUAUUAAAAUUUAUUUUAACAAUUUUAUUUGGAUUUAAUAGAAUUGAAUUUACUGUUGAUGGUAUUAAAAAAUCACAAAUUGAUAAAUUAAUUAAAUAUAAACCUCAAAAAGGUGAUUUAAUCAUUACAAAUUAUAUUACUCCAUUAGAUGGUUAUUUUCUUUCUUUAUUAAGUGGUAAUAAUUCUAAAAUUGUUCUUUUAAUUCCUAAUAAAUCAGGUGAUUUAUAUCAAUAUUCACCAUUAGGAUUAUUUAAUUAUACUUUUAAUUAUAAUGAUGGUGGGAAAUUAAUCCAAGAUUUAUCAAAAUUACAAAACAAAAUUGUGUUUUUAUUUUUAGAAGGAACUCCAUCAAAUAAUAAAUCAAUUUUACCAUUUAUUAAAUUAAAUUCUAAAUAUUCAUUUAAUGAUAAUUUUAUUAUUAAAUCAUUGAUUGUGAAAUUAAAACCAAAUUAUUUCACUUUACCAAUACCUCAUAUUACUACUAAAUUACAAUAUUUUUUCGAACUAUUAACAAAUUUAUCUCCUAAAAUUAUACAUUAUAAAAUUUAUAAAUUUGAUAAUGAAUUUAAUAUUUCUAAAAUUAGAAAUUCUUUUGAAUUGAAUUCUUUAACUUCAAUAAGUCAAGAUUUAAAUAUUGAUUCAAAAAAUAAAUUUAUAGAUUAUUAUUUUGAUCAUAGUAUUAAAAAGAAUUAA